UUGCCUUUUCUUUCUCGCACUAUAGCAUUUUCCAGUCUCCAACCAAUAUUUGUGCGUUUUCUACUCAGUAAAUCCUUGACAUAAAUUAUUUGUGAACUAUUUGCCCGUCAUUGUGACCAUGGAUUUAUACAUCCGACCACUGUCAGUCAACGAUCUUGAUCGGUGCGUUGCGGUGGAGGCCGCAGCCUUCCCCCCCGCCGAAGCAGCAACUCGCGAAAAGAUUGAAUAUCGACUGACGGUUUGCCCCGAACUCUGCUUAGGAUUAUUUGCCCGUAAGGGUAAGAGCAGCCCAGAGAGCGUUAUCCGACAAGGGAUCACCCCGGUCUACAGCCCAUCCGAAACUUCGAGUCGUGACGAACUUAUCGCACACACAAUUUCCACCAAGUCAGUCUCUUCUGUUGUCACAGACGAGGAUAUGGCUGUCCCAUCUGCGUGGAAGACAAACCCGACCGGUACAUACGGCGUAGGGCAUCGACCUGAAGGCAAAACUAUCACUUUGCAUUCACUGGCUGUCGCGCCCCAUUUCCAGAAGUCGGGUUACGGCAAAACCCUCAUGGCAUAUUACAUCAAGCACAUGAUGCAAACGGCACAGGCAGAGAGAAUUUCCAUUCUCACUUACGACAGGCUGGUUUCGUAUUAUGAAAAGCUGGGCUUUACACACUAUGGCAAGAGUCAAUCCGAGUAUGCUGGAGUGGCUUGGCACGAUUUGGCUUACGAAUUCAAUAUUGCGUAG